AUGAAUAUAAUCUCUAACAAGGACAAAUUUCAUAUCCGCUCUCCCGACCCGCUUCCAAAGUGUCCGAUUUGGGCGAUAGUGGAUCAAGAUGACUGUGCCGGUGGUGAGGGACACAAGAAUCUAUCGCCUGAGCUUCCCAAAGUCACAGCCCUGGUACCAUCUGCUUCGUCUAAUUCUUCUGAAUUAUCAACAAUUAUACGGAGCCUGGAUGAAGAAAGCCUUAACCGUUCCACGAAGGAAAUUGUGGUUCACGAGAGUUUUACAAUUCUUCCACCCUCGAGCUCUAAAAAGCACAUCUUUCUCCCUAAAGAUGAGUUUGACUUGUUGAAGCAUCGGCCUUUGUUUAAUCACCCUCUGCCAAAAGAGGAGUCUCAGACCGAUGAAAGUGACAUCUCCGAUGUUGAGGUGGACCCACUUGGGUUCGAAAAAGUGGACUCUCCACCAAUAGAGAAACGGCCUCCGUCGCUUGAUCCACCACAAAAGCUGCAACUGAACUGCCGUUUCGACAAUUUCUCUUAUGUCCCUCAGAAUCGUUCUGUGUCUCAUGAAGCACUUGGAGAAUCCUCUAACGGAGCAGGUGCUGUUGUGCUGCUGACCCAAAAUCAGAAUAAGCACAAGAAGCAAAAGCUUUUCAGUCCUAUCCAGUAUGUCCCCAAAACUCCAUUGGAGCAGGACCACCAACUGGGAAGAUCCAAUGAACCAUUGCAAAAGCGUCAAAAAGUGUCUGGACUUUUCGACAUGGAUUAUAAUGUAACCAUAGACCAAAGGGAAUUUGGCGGUAGUCAUUUGAUUAAUGUUGCCAGGAACCCGGAACCAGCUCCUUAUUUCGAUGAGGCAACUCAAAAGCCCGUCGUACCUGCUUUCAGAAGGUAUAUGGUGACGCUAUUGGACCAAAGGUUUUGCCGGAUACAGAGAAAAAGAUACGUCCGGCCCAACUUACAAGAUCUUCAGAAAAACGACACUCAGCAUGUUUAUGUGAAGCAUUUCUUCUUCUCGGACAAGGAACCGUACAGUUAUCAAUGGGUCAGAAAAGAAAAAGACGAAACAGGAAGGGUCAUUCAAAACUCUCGAAGCGCCCUUUGUUCCUAUUGCAAAGAUUUUCAAUUCUUUGACAUUCGGAGAUCCUAUUAUGCCACUCACAUGGCCUUGUAUCAUGGUGUCUAUCCGAACGACUACUUGACUCCAGAACCGUUGUUUGCAGGUAUCUAUCAUACACCAAGAUACAGCAGAUUGGGAACUAUCGAUGGCACCGAAGAACGUCGCUGUGUGGUUUGUCCUGCCUGCUAUGAUCUUUUUGAUUUCGAUGUCGGUGGUAUCGGCUCUGGAAACUUCAAUUUAUCCUCGUACUUAAGGCACUUCAAGGACGCACACAGAUCCAAGAGGCUAGAGGGGUACUUUGCUCUUCACAAGCGACACUAG